AUGGAAGAAGCAUGUUGUAUCCCGGGAUAUAGAAACAUAAAUAUCCAGAUGCUGUACAAACCUCAAGAAGACUAUGCAUUUGUUAAUGACAUAAAAGCUAAGCAGUUUUUUUAUAAUCCCUAUUUUAAGAGAGAGCUAGAGGGCCCAUACAUCAAAGAAUAUCAUGAGAAGUAUGAGAUUGACAAACCAUUAAAAGGGAGUGUAUUAUAUCCUUUCAUCUUGACACAGAACAAAUUGAAUAGACAGUGCAACCCUUUUGUGUCUUACCCAUACGGAGUUCCUCGGGAUCCUCCAUAUGAAAAGUGUUCCAAAUGUAAAGGGAAAAAAAAAAGCAAAAAAGAAAUGAAGGAAAAAAACGAUAAAAAUAAUUAUGAAAAAGGUUUAUUUGUUUCGAAAUCUAGAUUAUUCAUUAAUAAUAGUCACCCACAGAAUGACUCGAAAAACAGUGAAGCAAAUUAUUCUGAUCAGAAUAGGAAUUACCAUAACAUUGAUCACACACAGGAGGGAAACAAUCAAGUGGGAAAUUCUGCCUCUUUCGAGAUGUUCCUCGAACACAACUUCAAAAAUAUAUACCCACAGGAAAAUUAUGCAAACGGAAAGUUCAUCAAUCCAGAAGAAAUAGAUGAUGAAAACAAUUGUAUCAAACUGAAGAAUACCAUCUCAAAUUGUGUCAACUAUGUUGAUGUUCCAAAAUCUGAGUACUAUUACAGUUACAAUGAAAAUGCAAAUAGGAAUUCUCAAGUGGAACUACUAAAGGUAAACGGGGAGAAGGUUCAGGGUAAAAGUAAUCUCCAGUUAAGUGACUACAGCGAAGAUCCCUCCGAACAAAAAAGCACUUUUGAUGAAAAAGAAAAACAACAAUUCAGUACUAUUUUUGCAGAUUCCGAUGAAAUGUUAAGUCGUCAUAAUGAAGACGUGAAAAAUGAAGUUGAAAGUAUUUUAAGCCAUUACAUAUAUGAUAUUAAAAAUAAGGCAACCAAGGAGAAGAAGAGAAACGAAAGUAAGAAAAGCAUAAGUAUGGAAAAACAAUACAUAGCAUCAGAACAAAACAACAAUGACACGAUGGAGGAUGUGCAUGACGGUGAAAUGGUAUCCAAAAACAUGAACGUAGUAAAGGAGGAAAAAUAUGUAAAGCGUGAUAAGCAUAACAAGCAUCCCAUAAAACAAGUUAAAAUUUGUGAAAAUGAAAAUAUAUGGAACAAAUAUAACGUUAUGGAGAGCUACAAAAAAAGGAACAUUUCAAGUGAGAAUUUAAAAGAUAAAAAUUCAUUACAUAAAAACACCCGAUCUUUGCACAAUCCACACGAUUCUGAAAAAGGAAAAAAGUUGGAUCAGCACAGUAGAUUCUGCAAAAUGAUUAACGUCAAACAAGAAACAACAAAAAAGGAUUUCCUAUUAUCAAAAAAUAAAAAAGAAAAUGACCAUAUGUAUGCAAUUCAAAUGUCCACAUCAAAUGAAGGAAAUAAAAUGAUUUCUAAUUCUUCACAAAAAACAGAAGAAAAAUACAGGAAAAUUUACCCUAAUAAAGAAAACGUUUCACCAAAAAAGAAAAAUGAAAAGAAAGAGUUAACCUACAAAAACUCCAGAAUAACUAUUGCAAGAACCAAAUCAUUGAAGGUGAGGAGAGGCACUGUAAAUUUUGCUAUAAAAAAUAAUAAUUUUCCUCAUAGAAAGAAAAGUAUAUUGAGUAAACAGAAAUCAUUGGUAGAAACAAAAUUUAAAAAACAAAAUACUAUCAUGUUGAAAAGAAGAAAAACAAUGUCUAGAUUAAAUUCUACUAAGCAACCAUUAUAUAACAUUACUUUAAAUAAAAAGAAAGUUAAUGCACAGAAAAGUUUUCAAAAUUUACAUAAUAGAAAAAGUAAAAAUCAUGCAUUUACAGAGAGGCAAACAUUGGCUAGGUCAAAAACAAAGGUUCUCAAUGACAAUGAAACUAAAAUUUUCAAAAAAGCAGAAGUCAAAAUGAUUUCAAAAAAUCCAUUUAACCCAAUCAAAUCUUCUACAGAAACCUCAAAAAUUAGCGAGUUUGAAAUUAUGAUGCAAAAAGUAGGAAAAUAUCAAACUCAAAACAACAGGAAAACGAGUGUACAUUUGAAUAUGAACAUGGAUAGUGAUAAACUACGCAACAGUUCCAUUAGAAACAAGCUAAAAUCAAAAAAGGAAAAAUUAUUUGAAAAUAUUAUAUCCUUAACGAAAAACAUGAAAGAAAAACCAUUAAAGAAGAAGUAUAAUGACAAAAUAGAUCCUCGAGAUUUGUUAUCUGCAACAUCUAAUAAUAGCAGCAAUUCUCACAAUUAUACUGCUGACAAUGAUUUGUAG